AUGAAAAUUGACCUUUUCCAGUCUGAGUUUUCCAAAUUUGCUGGCGAGCCCAUGGUGGCUCCCGCCACCACCGCCACGCCCGCCGGCCCGGUGGACAACUCCACAGAGAGCGGGGGUGUGGGCGAGGGCAAGGAAGACGUGUUUGCCAUGCUCAAGGAGAGGUUCUUCAACGAGAUCGUCAAGCUCCCUCUACCCCCCUGGGCGCUGAUCGCCAUCGCCGUGGUCACGGGCCUUCUGCUGCUCACCUGCUGCUUCUGCAUCUGCAAGAAGUGCUGCUGCAAGAAGAAGAAGAACAAGAAGGAGAAGGGCAAGGGUGCCAAGAAUGCCAUGAACAUGAAGGACAUGCGGGGCGGCCAGGAUGAUGAUGAUGCGGAGACGGGCCUGACAGAGGGCGAGGGCGAGGGCGAGGAGGAGAAGGAGCCCGAGCACCUGGGCAAGCUGCAGUUCUCCCUGGACUACGACUUCCAGGCCAACCAGCUCACCGUGGGCGUCCUGCAAGCCGCGGAACUGCCUGCCCUGGACAUGGGCGGCACCUCGGACCCUUAUGUCAAGGUCUUCCUCCUUCCAGACAAGAAGAAGAAAUAUGAGACCAAAGUCCAUCGGAAGACGCUGAACCCCGCCUUCAAUGAGACCUUCACCUUCAAGGUGCCAUACCAGGAGCUGGGUGGCAAGACCCUGGUGAUGGCCAUCUAUGACUUCGACCGCUUCUCCAAGCACGACAUCAUCGGUGAGGUGAAGGUGCCCAUGAACACAGUGGACCUGGGGCAGCCCAUCGAGGAGUGGCGGGACCUGCAGGGCGGGGAGAAGGAGGAGCCGGAGAAGCUGGGGGACAUCUGCACCUCAUUGCGCUAUGUGCCCACGGCCGGGAAGCUCACCGUCUGCAUCCUGGAGGCAAAGAACCUGAAGAAGAUGGACGUGGGUGGCCUUUCAGACCCCUACGUGAAGAUCCACCUGAUGCAGAAUGGUAAGAGGCUCAAGAAGAAGAAGACGACGGUGAAGAAGAAGACCCUGAACCCUUACUUCAACGAGUCCUUCAGCUUCGAGAUCCCCUUUGAGCAGAUCCAGAAGGUGCAGGUGGUGGUCACCGUUCUGGACUACGACAAGCUGGGCAAGAAUGAGGCCAUCGGCAAGAUCUUCGUGGGCAGCAACGCCACAGGCACGGAGCUGCGGCACUGGUCUGACAUGCUGGCCAACCCCCGCCGGCCCAUCGCGCAGUGGCACUCGCUGAAGCCUGAGGAGGAGGUGGACGCGCUGCUGGGCAAGAGCAAGUAG